UUUUUGAUAUUCGCAAUUCUAAAAUUAACUUUCCAGCAAAACACAAUCCAUCAAGAAAGCAUCUUUGUAUCAAGCCAUCAAGAUAUUUUAUAAAUGUCCAACCAACUAACUAAAGCAAUGAACAUUCCACUCCAAACACCAAUAGUUAGAUCAUCAUCAUGGGCCUCAUCGUCAUCAUCAUUGCAUUGGUCAUGGUCAUAGUAGUUGCAUCAUCACCGUCCGAUCAAACAGAUGUCCUCACUCCACUUUGCAUCAGCGAAUGUUCCACGUGUCCCACCAUUUGCUCUCCUCCGCCUUCUAAUAAACCCUCUCCCUCCACACCACCACCUCAGUCUCCCUCAUUGCCGUUAUCCUCUUCGCCACCGCCUCCACCGCCACACAAACACUCUCCACCACCGCUUUCACAGUCAGGUUCACCACCGCCAUUAAUUACCGUCAUCCAUCCACCACCACCACGGUUUUACUAUUUUGAGUCCACACCACCUCCUCCACCACUAUCUCCCGAUGGAAAAGGUUCACCUCCACCAUCACCACCAUCGCCACCACCAUCGCCAAAGGGACAGUCACAAGGGCAGCAGCAGCCUCCUUACCCAUUUCCUUAUUUCUACUUCUACACGGCAUCAAAUUCAAUUCCUCUCCUUUCUUCUUCUUUUUUGAUUGCUCUUGUUGUAUCUACUCUAUCUAUUUUUCUUAACGGUUCGUUAGUGUAAAAGACUCCUCUAUUAUUAUAUAAUACGACUAAUAUAUACUGUAGUGUAUUUUUUUUUGUGUAAUAGUAUAAGAUUACUUUUUCAUCAAUGCACAUCGAACGUCAAAGUAUUCAGGCAUGUGAAAACGAGUUAAGCUA